UGCUCCAUCUCUCUUUCUCUUUAUUUGUUGUAUAAGUUUCUCCAUAGAGAUGAACCUAAACCCAUUAGUCAACCCUCACUCUUCUUUGUCUCUAUACUUCAAGAAGCUAGCUAAAAUUCCUCAUGCAACCCCAUUUUGAUCAUAUGGCCUAUGAGCUCAAAACUCAGCAGAAUCCUAUCUUGAUACCUCCUUCGCCUGCUUCAGACCAUGCUUCUCCUAUGCUAGCUGUUGCUGUAUUAAGCAUCAUAAGCACAGCUUUCUUGUUAUUUGGCUACUAUAUGAUCUUUGUCAACAAAUGCUGCUCUAACUGGCACCAACUUAAUCUGCUAAGGUGGGUUUCUGUCUGGCGUGCUAGAAGAAACGAAGAUUCAUUUAUAGCUCUCUCUCCAACGCUGUGGAAUAGGGGGCUCGAUGAAUCUGUCAUCCGCGAAAUCCCAACAUUUCAGUAUAGAAGAGAAGGUGAAGGGAGAAGCAUCUAUGGCUGUGUGGUCUGUUUGAAUGAAUUCCAAGAACAGGAUAUGCUUAGAGUUCUUCCUAAUUGUAGCCACUCAUUUCAUUUGGAUUGCAUUGACAUUUGGCUUCAAAGCAAUGCCAAUUGCCCUCUUUGUAGAUCAAGCAUUUCAGGCACUACUAGGUAUCCUAUUGACCAGAUCAUUGCACCAAGUUCUUCACCUCAAGGCUCGCAGCCUUACACUGAUAGCCUGAUGGGUGGUGAUGAAGACUUUGUCGUGAUCGAAUUGGGUGGAGAAGAGGAAGGAGCUCUUUUGCCUCGCAGGCGACAGGAAAGACCUGCUUCAAGAGAAGUUCAGAUGCAACUUAGAGAUCAAUCGCCAUCAAAAAUGGAGCAGAAGCGUGGAAAGUUAAAACCACAAAAGCGCCACCAUCUCUCGAUUAUGGGGGAUGAGUGUAUUGAUAUAAGAGGGAUAGAUGAUCAAUUCUCUGUCCAACCGAUGAGGAGAUCUUUCUCCUUGGAUUCAGCAGUUGAUCGACAGCUUUAUUCAGGUGUUCAAGCUACUAUUCAACAAAAUACACAUCAAAGAGGGAUUAGCAGUAACGAAGAAAGUAGUAACAGAGUUCAGAGAUCAUUCUUUCCAUUUGGUCAUGACAGGGUAUCCAGAAAAAAGGCAGUUCAUCCAAUAGAGUUCAAGCUAUGACUCAGAGAUCAUGUAGUUUUUUUAUUCAUUAGUUGCCGUUUGAUUUGGAUUUUUCAGGACGGUUGCUGGAAUUUUUCAAUGAUGUUAUAGAACUUACGAAAGAGUACCAAAGAUGAAAAUGUGGGGUAAACUUGGGUCCAUAUGAUAAACAGCAUGAAAUGGAAUGUUAGCGUGGGUAUGAGAAUCAUUGCCUAAACCACUAUAGGUGGAUGACUUUCUUUAAUUAUGUUUGGGUUUCUUCCUGUUUAUGAAUGAGAAUGAUUGCUUGUA